GAGCUUAGCGAAGAUCGGUUCGUCCUUCUGAUUUAUUUUGCUGUAGACAUUUAUCUCUCUCUCUCGUGUACGUUUAACGUGUACGUGUAGUUCUUGAUUAUUAAAUUACGUUGUAUGCUCUUUGUGCUUUCGUUGAUUUUCAUCCACGUUUCGACAUGUCAGAACGUCGUAGAAUUUUUUCAUCAACGAGAUUAAACGAGCAAGAGAGAGCAUUCGGUAAGGAGAAUAUUUGCGAUUUAAGGCAAUCCAACAAAUUGGCUGGUACCAAUUCUCAGAAGGCUCCAUCUUCGAAAAAAUCUCAUCCCAGUGAUAUCGGUGGUCCGUGUUAUUGUAAUGUGAACCCGUGUAACAAUAUAAUUAUCAACAAUGUCAAGUCGUCGGCGAAAAAGACACCGUUUCGAAUUCACUUUGAUCGUGCUGGAAACGAUUUUAACAAAGGAGUUCGCGUCCGAGAACGGAUCGUCGAGUAUGAUACUCGCAGGAUCGAGGAACUUAAGAGAAAUACACGAUUUUUGGAUAAUAAGCUCGUGUUAUGCCCGAGACGCGAUUUUUACACGAAGAAAGAACAACCGGAAGUGAACGUGGCCCAGAAUUUCAAGAGAAACAAGGAGAUCGUUCCUAACUCACCCGUUUCUUCAUCUUCUGAUAAAAGGACAGUAAGAUCGGUUAAAUCCAUUUUCGAUCUCAAAUUACCAAAGGGACAGAUUUCAAUCACAAAAUCUUUGGUAGAUCUUUCUCAGGAAAGUAAACGAUCAACAAACAUUGUCAACAAUCAAGUCCGCGAUGCAAGUAAACAAGAUUUUCGUCCUAGAAAGUCUACGUACGUUGAAAAGAAAGAAUUGUUGUGUGCGACGUCUCACUUACGCUCAAGAUAUUGUUCCGAUCAACGUACAGUCGUCGUAACUAGGAGCAGAAUAGCCUCGACUGGUUCUACAAACAAAGAUAUUGUCGAUGGACAGAAAGAACAGGGUGGUGGAUUGUAUAAAUGGAACGCAUUCGAUGGAAACAAAGAUUCGUUAUUUGCGGGUAUUUCGACUAUACUUUCCUCCGAUUCGUUGAAGAAUCAAGCUAUUACUAGAGGCCCGAAUAAGUCUGACUCAUUAGAUAUAUUGAUAUCUCGAGGAAAACUAACGAACGAUCGGGAAAGGCAACCGUCGGUAUGGAAUAAAAUUCCAUCGAAGGUACAAGGGAAAGUAAAAAACGAUUGGGAAGUCGUUAAACAGAAUACUGAUUUUUCUCCGUACUUGUUAUAUCAUGCCGAUUAUCUCGUUGAUCUGCUGACUAUUGAAAAAGAUAAGGAAGAUAAUUCACCAAAAUUAUCUUCCGGAUUUAUCGACAAAUAUACUAAUAACGAACCGAGAAAUAUAAUAGUCGCUUUUCUCAUACAUCUGGCUACACAUUGCCGCUAUCCGUCGUUCAUUCUCUAUCAAGCGGUGAAACUUUUUGAUAUUAUUCUCGACAAAAUUCCUAUAGAUAUAACGGACAUGCAAUUGGUGGCUAUAACAGCGUUAUGGGUUGUCCUGAAGAAAGAAGGAAACUUCAAUAACGUUCCAUCGGCAACAUUAAUGCUCGGCCUAAUUCCGAAUCAACAGUACGCUAACGUAGAUAUAUUGGCCGAAUGGGAGAGAGUGAUCUUGCGUUCUCUCAAAUUUAAUAUAUCAUUUUCCGAUCCAUUUUCUAUUUUCGUUUUUUACGUGGUUAAUUGCGAUUACCACGAUCAGGAUAGUAUUUCCAAUCGUACCAUCACCAAAAUCUAUUACUGCGGAGGUUAUAUUAUCGAUUUGACGUUAUUGGAUGUGAGCUUUAGUUACAUAACGUCGAAUCAUUUGGCACUAGCUACGGCCGAAUUAGUAAUGUGCAUUGUCCUGGACAGUGAUGCCGAUUUAUCAAACCCUCGAUGGCAUUUCUGGAGGCGUAUUAUAACAGAUGGUAUUAACAUUCCAAUAAGAAUUUACGACGAUGAGAUCAACGUGCUAAGAUCAACUAUGAUCUCUCACGUUUUGGAGUCAGAGAAAAAGCAUACGAAGGAGGAGACGGUGAAAAAAAGAUAUGGUCACAAUAGAUACGGUAAUAUUUCGAACUUUCUUCUAGAGAAGAUAAAGAAGAUACCGCCUGAGAAUUAUUCGAUUUCUAUGUAAUCUCUUUUCAUUGGUUUUUAUUUUUUGACCAUUUUUCUUUUUUAAUACCUUUCGCCACUACGUCAUUUGUACCAAUCAUCCGUUGUGUGUAUCCGUUUAAGUGGGAUCAAAAGAAAAAAAAAAAAAAAAGAAAAAAAAGAAAAAAAAAAAAGAAAAAAAAAAAAAAAAAAAAAAAAAAGGAAAAAAAAAAAAAGUUUAAUUUAUUAUUUAGUUAUAAGAUUAUAAGAGGAAAAGAAAUAUUUCGAUUAUAUUGCACUUUAUUUAGCUCUGAUUAUAUUCAUUAAUGUUUCAAAUCGAAUCGCAUAGAUGCUCGUUCAUAUACACACCCACACAUUAUCACUUGAAUGUUAUACAAGUACGUUAAAGAAAUAUAAUAUAUUCGAUCGAUCGUCAGUUUUGUUUGUAUCACCUUUUUAACUCCCGCCAUUUUAUUUACAUACGUUCUUGAAAUAAUUAAAUCAGUAUCGGUACACACAUUCCGUGUCUAAAUAUGUAGGUAUAUAAUGCCUUUCAUCGAUUAUUUAUCAUCUCCUUAUUAACGGGUUCUUAAGCCUUGAUCUUAUAAUCCGCUUUUGUCGUAGCCCACGUGUUCCAUUGGGUCCAUGAAUUGUCGACUGAGAUAAGAUUUGUUGCGUCGUCCUGGUCGACGAGAAAAAUUGAUUCGUGAUAAAAUACAUUGACAAGUUUUAUCCAUCCAUUUACGCAUAUAAAGAUAUAUAAAUAUGUGUAAUAUGUAUGUACAUAUGCAUAUGGCUUACCUUGAACAAUACGUUGGGAUGGCCACCCCAGCUACCGAAUAGCCGUAAGAGAUCUGGUUUCUUAGAGUAUAUCGUACUGGCUGCCAAAACACCAUGUUUCAAUUCGUCCAAAGCAUGUACCGUUUUUCCAGCAGAGCUUAAAAUGAUGCGCGGUGGUUCCAAUCCCAGAUUGCAUCUCGACCAUUCCUUAACCGGUGCUAAACCACCGUCAGGACAGACCAACAUAAAGUCGGAUGUCUUCACGCCACCUUCAGUCUCGUUCUUCUUAUCUACGAAUUAGUGAUUAAUAAAAAUUUUAGAAGAAAUAGUAUUGAAAUAGGAUAUGAAAAAUGAAUUGUUGUAAAUAUUGACCAAUUUCCAUGAGAGCAGGUAGAGGCAAGAAGGCCACAUCACCCUUGUCCGAAGUCAGACAUCUAAAGCAAAAGGAUAAUGGUUUCGUUUAUUAGGAAUGAAAUUGUAAAUAACGAUUUCUUUAUUAAUUAAUACAACAUAGGAUAGCAAAAUGCUUACUUGAUAGCACCUUGACCUCCUUUAAAGGCUUCCGCCUCGGUUGGUUUACACUUAGUUGCCUCGGUUACUUUGUCGUCAUUGGAUGCAAUGUUACCAACACACUGCUGACACAAUUUCGAUCCUGGCUGUGCGCCAGGCGCGCAGGAGCCAUCAAAGAAUUCUGUUAGAUCAUCUUCCGAGGUAAUCAAAUUUGCUUUCUUAAGAGCGUGAACCGGUGCCAACCAUCCAGCAAAGUCGUCUUGGUAACCACUGUGGCAAGAUCGUUUGCCUCUCAAAUCGCCUGGAAAAGGUUUAAAAUGUUUAAUUUCUUUUUCCCCCGAUGAUCUUUUAAUAAGGGGAUAAAGCACGAUUAUUAUUUACCAAGUGCUUUGAUAGGGCUGCCUUUUUUAACAACAACAACUGCCGGUCUUUCGCUAUAUUUCGUCGAGCCGCUUCCAUAAAUUUCUGAAAUAAUCGGUUGCGCAUUGAAUUCCGUUAUUGCACGUAGUACCGAUCCACCAUCAACGACUACUAGAUCAGCCCCAUCAUCUCUGACCGCUACCAAGCAGGCAUCCUGAGUCUUCUCCAACAAGCAAAUCAGUCUGGGUCUAGCAUCUCUAAUGGAUAGAUAAUACAAGGAUCAGUCAAUUGCCCUUCGUUAGAUUUAUUAUUUAAACAUUUCAAGGAUAACAAUCACCUUGAGUGAGCUGCUCUACUUAAGGCACGACACUUGUUCAGAUCAUUCUGAGUCCAUACACACCAGCGGGCAUUCCUUUCAGGUGCACCCGAGUUCCUUUCGAUGACGUCCAAGUAUUUGGCGUUCUUCAAAUGUUGUUCAGGAGCAAUCGGCGACGAGGCAACAGCCAGAGUUUUUUCAUCUAGCAGCAACAAAUCUUUCCACCAAGCAGCCUUUUCCUUUUCACCCAAUUGUCCUAAUUCGGUUAAUUCCUGAGGACGUACAUUGCAUUACAUUAAGCCU